AUGUCCUGGCAAGCAUACGUCGACACUAGCCUCAUCGCUACCGGCCAUGUCGACAAGGGCGCCAUCAUUAGUGCUGCUGGCGACAGCGCCUGGGCCGCUUCAGCCGACUUCCAGCUUAAGCCCGAGGAAAUGAAGGCCAUUUCUAGCAUUGUCAGCGGCGACGCUGCCGCUAAGGACAAGGCCUUUGCUGAAGGUCUCUAUGUUGCUGGUACCCGGUUCGUCCUGGCCCGAGCUGAGGACCGAAGCAUCUACGCCCGAUCUGGCCGAACCGGAGUCGCUAUUGCCAAGACGAAGCAGGCCAUCAUCGUUGCUCACCACCCCGAGACUGGUGUCGCCGGAAACGCUACCUCGACUGUUGAGGGCCUUGCUGACUACCUUAUCGGCCAGGGUUACUAG